AAAAAUUCCUUAGGGUUUGCCUUUGCACGGCUCAUCACCUCACUUUCCUCGCUCUGAGCCCCCCGUCCCUUGGCAAAUCCCCCCGAAAGCCCCUGGGGUUUCUUGGCUCUUUCCAGCUCAGGGAGGGGAGACGGGAGUCCCCGAGGGUGCCCAGCCUGCCCGUGGGGGUUUCCUCGGCUGCCCAGGGUGGGCCCCAUGCCCCGCAGGUGCUGGCCUGCCCCUCUGUGUUUCCGUGUGUCUGUCCGUCCAUCUCUCGGGCUGGCCUCUGGGUUGGUUCAGACACUGGUGACAGUGAUGGUGGCACUGGGGCGCUGCCCCUUUGGGUGGCUUUCUUUCCUGCUGGGUCUGUGUGUCUGUCCCUGUCUCCUGUCUUUCUCCCCUGUCCCCUUCCUUCUCUGGCCCUCUCUCUCUUUCUCCAUGUCAUCUCCCCCCUCCCUGGGGGUUCCCCCUCCAGCCGGAGCCGGAAGGAAGGCAGGGGACAGGCCGUGCUGGGAAAGGCCACCGGGUCCCCGCCGCUUCCUUUUUCUCAGCCCCUUUCCCCUUCCCCUGAGCUGUGGGCUCCACCGUGACUCAGCCCCAGGGGAGGGGAGGGGAGGGAGGCCGGACCCUGCCCCGGGGCUCAGCUCCCCUCUCCAGGCAGAUCCCAGCUCCCCUCCCUGGAGCAGCAUGAUCCCGAGACUGCUCCUGGCCCUCGCCCUCUGGGUGGGCUGCACGCCCUGCGGUGGAAGGGAAGCUGCCCCCACGCCCCCCAGGGUGCGGUGCCAGGCCCCCAGGUACCCGGUCGCCGUGGACUGCUCCUGGACCCUGCCGCCAGCCCCGAAUUCCACCGGGAACACGUCCUUCGUGGCCACCUACAGGUCAGAGAGCCUGGGCAGGGAGAGGGAAGGGCCUCGGGACGUCCUGGGCACUUGGUGGGAAUUCCAGUACUCGGGGGCCACUGCCCCCAGCCUCGGGAGACAUGGAGACUCGGGGUGUGGGGUCAGGAACCCGAGAUCCUCAGAAUUCUCCAGGAGUGCGGUGCAACGGAAACGGUUCCUAAAAUUACACAUUCCGAGUCACAUAUGACAUUGUAACAUUUUCUAGUAGCCACGUUAAAAAAGUAAAACAAAGGGGGGGGAAUUAAUUUACUUAUUUUAUCUAAAUAAGAUCUAAAUAUUCCAGAUAUGUAUCAUUUGAUAGGAUUUCAUUUCGUGUUUAUGAUUAUUUAUCUAUGUAGCCAAUAUUAUAGUCUAUAUUAAUAUUAUUUAAUGGGGAUAUCUAACAGAUUAUCAUUUCAACGUGUAAUCAAUAUCGUAAAAUUAGACAUAUUUAAUUUUUAAAUUACUGAUGAAAUAAUAUGGGUAUUUGAAAGUCCUUGUGUUUUUUACACAUACAGCACAUUUUAACUCAGUUGCUAAAUUUUCAUUGGAAAUACUUGAGCUGUAAUUAGACCUUGUAAAAUUUGCAGUUGAAGUAGAGUUGCACAUCCAAGUGUUCUGAAAAACUUUUCCAAGUUUUCCAGUGGCUAAAUCAAGUAUCAUCUGUUAAAAUUUAAAUUAGAUCAAACUGUAUUAAAUUAAGAAGUCGCACUCAGUGGUACUAGCCACAUGCCAAGUGCUCAGUAGCCGCAUAUGUCCAGUGGCUCCCACGAUGGCCAACACAGAACCUCGCAGAAAGUUCUAUUGGGCGGCACCGACAUUCUAAGUUCUAAAAUCUUGGGGUCCCAGGAAUCCAGAGAAUCCAGUUCCAGAGCACACGAAUCUGUAGACCUCUGGAAUGUUGGGAUUCUGAAGAUGGAAUGUUGUCAUUCCAGAAACUUCUAAACUCUGAAAACCCGAGUGUUCACCCCAUGGCUCGUGACCCCUGACCCUCGGUCACUGAGGCCUCUGGGCUGUUGGGGGUGAGCAGUGCCCCCAGGGUCACGUAGCCAGCUCCUGGCAGAGCCAAGCGCAGGCCCCAGCCCCUCGGCUCCCCGUCCGCUGUCCCCCCCACUGUGCCCCCAAACCCUCACCGCAUCCCACCCUGU